AAUUUUGCUGUCGGAAGUGAAGGGAAUUUAAUUUCUGCGUAUGCUGUGGUACGGGGUGUUGUUUUGAAAGGAUGGCGGCUGUUGCAUGUUUACAGCUAAAUUUGAAUGCUAUUUUAAAAAAAGUGUCCUCUGAAAAGCUUUUAAAUAUGCUAAAUUCCAUUGAGGGUAAAAAAGAUCUUGUGCUUGAUAAAGAGUUAAUUUCUUCUUUGGAGUAUAUAGUAAAUUUCAGUCAGUUAAAGACGUGUGAAGUAGAAAAAGUAUAUAAAUUAGAACCUGGAUCCACUCCUGGAAACACUCCACAAUGUGUAUAUAUUAUCAGACCAAGCAUUCAAAAGACACAAGUAAUUUCUGAUCAUAUUAAUGCUGGCCUUAGCAUAGGGAAUGUGAAAAAAUAUUGCAUUAUCUUUGUACCCAGAAUGCUGUAUAAAUGUGAGAAGGUCCUUGAAAGAGAAGGUGUGUAUGGAAAUGCUACUUUGUUGGAUUUUCCUCUUGGAUUUUUACCCAUAGAUAAAGAUCUAUUUUCUCUUGAAAUUUCUGACUUUUACAGAAUGUUUUAUUUGAAGAAUGAUCUCACUUACAUACAUACGGCAGCAAUGUCUUUAGUACAGUUGUGCAAGAUUUGUGGGUCUAUAACCAAAAUAUCUGGCCAAGGAAAGUGUGCCAAGAUGGUUGUUGAUAUGAUGAAUCUCAUGAUGAAAGAAUUAAAAUGUGAACCUCCUAGCUCUGACAGUGUAUCCCAUUUAAUUGUGUUAGACAGAGAUAUAGAUUAUAUUUCUGUACUUCUGUCACAACUGACAUAUGAAGGUCUGUUGGAUGAGACUUUCAGGAUCAAUAAUGGUCGUGUGGUAUUUCCCCAAGAAGUUUCUGGAAAAGAUGAAGCUGUGAAAGUUGUUCUUAAUAGCAGUGAUUUGGUUUUUGAAGAAAUAAGAAAUUCAUAUUUUACUAGUGUAUUUGGUUUUCUUCGUGAUAAAGCAAAACAACUUCAAGCUCAACGUGAAAUUACAAAUAUGUCACUUAGUGACAUUAAGCAAUUCGUAACCAAGGAAAUGAAGAGCAUUUGUCAACAGCAAACUUCAUUAUCACUACACAUUAGGGCAUGUGAAGUAAUCUUAGAAGAAAAGAAUGCAGAAGAUUUUCAUAAAAGACUGGGCAUUGAAAGGGACAUCAUUGAAAACCAGAAUAUAAGUGAAUGUAUGAAUUACAUAGAGGAUAUUAUUAAUAAGCAGGAUUCCUACAAAAGUGCCUUAAGAUUAAUAUGCCUAUUAUCCAUUGCUCAAAAUGGGUUACCUUCUUCUGAUUACAGUUCUUUAAUGACACAGUUUCGGCAGAGUUAUGGCUGUAAAUAUAUAGUAACUUUUCACAACUUGGAGAAGACUGGUUUGGUAGUGGAACAAGCAUCUUUGUUACCACCUGGUAAAAUUCCAGAAAAAGGAGCCACUGCCAAAGCUACUAAAAUAGUAGAAAAAGUUGCAACUGCUGUAUCAUUUCCAAGAUAUAGUAAUUUUAAAGCAGUUGUAAGGAAAUUUAAUUUGAUCCCAGCAGAAUCUGAUUCAUCUGAUAUAAAAAACCCAAAAGAUAUGAGUUAUGUUUUUGGGGGAGCAUAUGUGCCUUUAAUUGGAAGAAUAACAGAACAAGUCAUAAAAUAUGGUGGUCUCCACAACCUUGAAGAUGGUUUGAAACUUCUUCCUGGUUCUACAAUAAUGAAUUUCAAAAAAGAAAGUAUAAAGCAAGAAAAAGAUCUUUCAUCAAAAACUGUUAUUGUUUAUGUUUUGGGUGGCAUUACUUAUGCUGAAGUAGCAGCAUUGCGACUUCUGGGGCAAUUAAAUGGCUGCAGAAUAUUUAUAGCAACUACAUCUUUUAUUAAUGGAAAUUCAUUAAUGGAAAUACUAUCGCCAGAAGAUGUCUAGACAACUUAUAUGCAUUUUAAUUCAACAUUCCCAUUAUCCAUUGUUUUUACUUAUGCGAUCAGUUAAGAUUCCCAUUAUCCAUUGUUUUUACUUAUGCGAUCAGUUUCUGUCACUGUGAUAUUUCAGGAAAAUUAAAAUUAAAGUUUUGUAUUUUAUAAAUUCUUAUUAAAAUAAAGUCAGUGGAGUUUUGUGUUA